AUGGCGACUUCCUUUUCCGCCGUAUCGAGGCAGGAAGUAACUGUCCUUUUGCGGUUGAUCCAGGGCAACCAACUGUUAAACCGACAGCUUUCCUCCAUUUGCCAAGUUAAUGGUCUGAAAUGCACCGGUGUCAAGGCUGAACUCCAGCGUCGCAUCGUUGAUCUGAUACAAGACACUGUCAACGCAAAUGAUGCCUCGCGCUUUCAACAAGUCCGGCAAAGCAUCCUCAAUGUCGGCUCGCAACGACCGAGUCCAUCGUCCAAGGCAUCUGCGCAACGAAAUACCGUGGCCGCUGCUACAGGCCUUCCCAACACGCAGUUCGUGCCUCCAAUGACUUCCUACAGUCAAGCCGCCAGUCCUUACCAGCAACGGGGUCUUCACGGAUCUGCUAGCGCCGUUAAUGACCGCCCUCUGAACAGUCCAUUCAACCCGUCCACCGGCAAUAUAAUAUUCCACCCCAGUCCAUUCUACCGUAUUGAAAGCGCCGUCAGCAACUUGCGGACAUGUGAGACAAUGGCACAACAUAGAAAUUCCAUCAACAUACCAAUCAAAGCUAUUGAUCAUCCAGCGCUUCAACAAUGCCUAAAUGACGAUUCGUACCGAGUCAUGAUAUUUUGUGCCGGCGACAUAUAUGGUGUCCAAAAUGUCGCAUUCCCCCAUCAGUCUGAGCUAAGGGUGAACAACCAGGAAAUCAAGGCAAAUUUGCGAGGCUUGAAGAACAAACCCGGGUCUACUAGACCAGUUGACAUCACAGCUGCGCUUCGUCUAAGACCUCCUUAUCACGGCAAUAACGUCGAGUUCACAUAUGCCUUGACUAGCAAAAAGUUUUAUCUCGUUGCCAAUGUCUGCAAGAUCACCACAGUAAAGGAGCUAGUCUCCAUUAUUUCUACUCGUCGAAGGAUACCAAAGGCGUCGGUUAUAUCCGAACUGAACAAAAAGGCCCAGGAUCCAGAAGUUGUAGCGACGUCACAGGUUCUAUCGCUGAAAUGCCCACUCUCUUAUAUGAGACUGGAAGUUCCUUGCCGCAGCUUGAGUUGCGCUCAUAUGCAAUGCUUUGACGCAACGUCGUAUCUCCAACUUCAGGAGCAAGGACCUCAAUGGCUCUGCCCCAUUUGCAACAAAUCGGCGCCUUUUGAGCAGCUCGCAGUUGACGAGUAUGUCCGGGAUAUUCUGGCGAAUACACCCAAAGACCUGGAAAACGUCACCAUUGAACCGAAUGGACAUUGGUUGAUGAAAACAUUUCGUGAUGAGAAUCUGAAACCAUGCACCGAUCCUACUUUCGACGACGACGACGAAUUAGAGAUCUCAGAAAUCAACAUUGUCGGCCGUCGAUUGGAAACCCCCAAGACUACUACGCCCAUAAUUGGCACUCCCGCAUCUGGGGGCAGAGAGAGCUCGGCAAAUGCACCACACGGUGUUGCAGCCAACAGCGCAAAGCGUCCAGCGGCAGCAGUCAUUGACCUGACACUUUCGUCCGACGAUGAAGAACCGCUGGAAAGGCCUCGCAAGAGACAGAAUACUGCAGCAAAUGGAUUUCAGAACUCGAAUGGCAUGGGCUUCUUGAGCGAAUCUCCCGUGGGUUACCCGCAUAGCUAA